AUGCCGCCCAGCAGUCCUCGUCGCGCCGCGCCGGCCAGCUGCUCCUCGAGCGGUCCCAGCUCGCGCGCCUGCGCGCCGACGAGCACAACCUCGACCGUCGCCGCCUCAACGUGCAGAAACUUUGGCAGCACAUGGCUCAAGCCCCCCGGCGUGCCCAAGACGCUGCACCAGAUGCGCGAGGAGCGGCGCGAGGCCGAGGAGCACGCCGAGGCCGUGCCCCGCGAGCAGCUGCAGCAGGAGCUCGCCGAGCCCGAGGAAGGCGGCGGCCCCCAAGCCCAAGGAAAGGCGGCGGCGCCGAGGAAGAAGAAUGCGACAGCCGACAUGGAGGACCUGGGCGACGGCGCGCGGGAUCUCGGACGAGGAGAUUCCCGAUGCCGAUGCCGUGGGCAUGGAGCUAACGCAUCGAGCGGGGAUGGCGACGACGAUGGCGACGAUGGGUCGAGGGCCGGGGACGGGCCUGGCAGGGGGGAGGCGCUGCGGGAGGAGCGCAGGGCUGAGCUCGUGCAGGCGCGGAUGCGCAUGGCGCGCGGCGGCGACGACGAUGUAUACGGGGCCGACGAGGAAGAAAUAGAGGCCGAAACGGAGGGACAGCUGCUGCUCGAGGACGAGGGCGACAGCUUCCUGCCUGUGCAUGGUCAGGUCGCCGACGAGGACCUCGAUAUGGACGCCGACCUCGAUGGCAGCAUGGCUGACGGAGCCGAGCUCAGCGGCGUCUACGAGCACACGGACACCGAGGCUGAGCUAAGCAGCAGCCUGCCCUCGGACAGCAGUGACGCCGAGGACGAGGAGGACGUGGGUUUCGCACCGCGGUCGUCCCUCGGGGCUGGCGUGCUGCGGCCGCCGACGAGUCCGACGAUGCAGGGGCGCGGUCAGACCCCUCCGCGGCAGGAUAUGGACCUCAGCAGUCUUUUGUCAGGAGGGGACAGUAGUAUGCUGGGGAGCAGUCCGCAGGCGAGGGCUUCCCGCAGCGGUAGCAUGAACAAGGUUGGGGCGUUGUUUUGGAGCGGUGCCGCGCUUGAGGCACGACCCCAGCGCGUCUUGAAUCUGGCGUUCAAUGUGGGGGGGGGCGCAUCAGCAUGGUACGGGUGGUUGGGCUACGCAAAAGAUUGA